CCAUCCAAACCUACUCCCCACCCAAAGUAGCACCAAAUUUCGGAAAAACCUGAAAUGUUAGCCGAGAGGAGAAGGGCAAAUCUCCGGCUCCCAUUGCCGAAAACCGGGGGAUUUUCACCCCGCUUUUCGCCGGAAUUCUUCGAUAAUCUGCCGCGAAGUGAGCCUAUCAGUUCCGGCGAGAAAUGUCCGAGAAAUUCAUUUUCUGGCGACAAUAAGCCGAAAAAGCCAAUUUCUGGUGAAAACAGAGUCCAGAAUCAGGCGAUUUCGGGCGAGAACAGGGUUGAGGAAGUAUUGGAUUCAGGCAUAAACGGGGUGAAAAAUCCAUCGUACUCCGGUGAGAUCAGGCUGCGAAACGUACAACCAUCAGAUUUUUCUGGCGAAACCAGGCGUGGGUUUCCUCUGCCUUUACCGCCGGGUCGAAAGUUCGAGGUUGAGCGCUUAUCUGAUCUAGAAAGGCUUGGUGUUCUUGGCCAUGGUAAUGGAGGUACAGUCUACAAAGCUCGCCAUAAACGAACAGGCACUAUCUAUGCUCUAAAAGUUCUCCACUCUGAAUUCGACCCCCCUGCUCGUCGCCAAAUGGUUCGAGAAAUGGAGAUUCUAAAGAAAACAGACUCGCCCCAUGUCGUCAAAUGCCAUGGUAUCUUCGAAAAAUUCGGAGACAUAAGCUUGGUCCUGGAGUUCAUGGGCGGCGGUACUUUAGAUGAAGUUUUCAGACGAGCAAACGGCUCAGUUUCAGAGCAGUUCAUCUCUGGAAUUUGUCGCCAAGUUCUCGAAGGUCUGGCGUAUCUCCAUGACCAAAAGAUUGUACACAGAGACCUCAAGCCCACGAAUAUACUGGUUAACCGAAAGCUUGAAGUGAAAAUUGCGGAUUUUGGGGUGAGUCGAAUUAUGUGCAGAACCCUGGAUCCAUGUGAUUCUUAUGUUGGUACCUGUGCAUAUAUGAGUCCAGAGAGGUUCGACCCCGAUAGCCAUGGUGGAAAUUACAGUGGAUAUGCAGGUGAUAUAUGGAGCUUGGGCUUAACAAUAAUGGAACUUUAUAUGGGGCGUUUUCCUUUUCUGAAACCAGGACAAAGACCAGAUUGGCCGACUCUUAUGAUGGCCAUUUGCUUUGGCGAAUUGCCUAAGUUGCCCGAUGAAGCUUCAUCAGAGUUCGGAAGCUUUGUUGGGUGUUGUUUACAGAAGGAUUCAUCAAGGAGAUGGACCGCAAGGCAGUUGCUUGGCCACCCUUUCAUCACCAAACAUGGUGGACUCGCUUCCAAGUUGCAGGGUCUCUCUCUCUCAUAAUCUGUAAAUUCCGGCGAUAUUUGCCCUGAAAAUGGCGAGAUUUGGCGGGAAGUUAUGAUAACGGAAUUGGGUCCUUCUCUUGUCCGGCAAAGUGGCCCGGCCAAGUGGCGUAGAUAUGAGGCUUACGCUUCCUCGAGUCUCGGCCAUUUUCGGUCGGAAUAUUUCGCCCGAAAUUUGUCGAAUAUUUGGUCGGAAAUUUAGCCGGAAAUUUGGUUCUUUUGGAAGUUUUCGCAUCGGAAUAUUCCCCUGGUGUAUGGUUGUUUGCGCCGGUUACUGUAACCGGAGAUGGGGCAUGGUUGAUAAGGAAAUGUCCAAAGUAGCCCUCUUUGAAUGUACAUAUUGCGGAAGCAAGCCCUGAAUUUUGUGUAAAGAUUUAGAUGGAAAAAAAAGGGGAAAAUUCUUUGAACGGUUGGAUCUUGAUAGUUGUGUAAUCAGAUGAAGGGUUAAAUUUUGUUUUUUCA